AUGGGGCAGGUCAAGACAAAGGCCACCAUUGGUGUGCUGUCGACCAUCAUACUUUACAUGUGCACGAACAGCAUUUUGAAGGCAACCCAUCCAGAAGCAUUUAUCUGGCAAGAUGAAGAUCGGGAAGAGGCUCGCUGGAUCGCCACGUCCCGAUACUGGCUGGACAGGAAGUGCUGCCGCUGGCUCGGGGUCUGCGGUGGGCUUCACAUGCACCUCUCGUCAGAAGGGUCCAGGUUUGGCCAUCGGCCUAAGACGAGCCUCAAACACAACCUGGUGGAUCAGAGCUCUCACUGGGACUGGCAAACUGCUUGGACAGAGGGUAAUGAUAGACCUGAGGACUGGACCGCCGACGAACGUGUUUUGAGGGAGAUUCCGGACUACGUCAUGGAGUAUGCUCCUCUGGUUCACCUCUAUUCCCAGGAACAAUUUUGGCCCUGCGAUAUCGCCGAACACCUCUACCACAUUACACCCACGUUGAACUACACGCCCGUACAGUCUGAACAGCAACACCCCACCCUGCAGAAUCUUGACGAAUUGAACCAGUGGCAGCGUGGCCGCUGGGUGUUUCUGACUAGCAACGACAACGUGGAGCAGCGGCCAGAGUGGUUGGAGGGGGAGAAAAACAUACCAAGGGGACCAACAAGUCCAGAUGACCAGUUUGAAGGCAAUGAGGGCUGGGUGCACAAACCAGGGAGGACGUAUCUCCAGGGUGUGAAGAAUGCAAUGGCUGGCGUAAAAGAAUGGUUUGCGCCGAACCUCGAUGGCUUCGAGCAAAAUGACGACUUUCAAAUGACAGCGUCCGGCCAACCAAAGAAGAGCACGUCGGCACGCCAUCCACACCGUGAACUGAAGAGGUCAAUCGCUUCGCCUAAAGAUGGCACGCCGCCGAACAGGCUACGAGGCGGUCGGAGCGAUGCACCUGCAGUUCUCGUCACCGUGAACAAGGGCCAUGGCAUCGUCGACGCUUUUUGGUUCUUCUUUUACAGCUUCAAUCUGGGAAAUGUCGUACUCAACGUCCGUUUCGGCAAUCACGUUGGCGACUGGGAGCACACCGCCAUUCGUUUCCAGCAUGGUGAGCCAAAAGCCGUCUUCUUCAGUGAGCACAACUUUGGCUCGGCCUACAGCUACGAGGCCGUCGAAAAGAUCGGCAAACGGCCGGUGAUAUACUCGGCCUAUGGGACCCACGCCAUGUAUGCCUUGCCCGGAGCACAUCCAUAUAUCCUGCCCUGGGGUAUCCUUCACGACUUGACCGAUCGUGGCCCACUAUGGGACCCAGCCUUAAAUUCCCAUGCGUAUACAUAUGACUUCAAGAAUGACACGCUUCGAUCGUCAAGCCGAACACCCAACGCGCCCAUCGGGUGGUUCGAUUUCGCCGGACGCUGGGGUGACAAAUUUUACCCUUUAGGUGACAAGCGUCAGUACCGAUUCGCAGGUCAAUAUCACUACGUCAAUGGGCCUCUGGGACCGAAGUUCAAGCGGCUGGGGAGAAAGAAAAUUUGCCAGGGUGCGGACUCUUCUCCGUGCGUGAUCAAGAAUUGGCUGGGCAGCGGAGACAAGAUCGGGCGUCUACCCCAUGCCAACCCUGACGACGACGAGGACGGGGAUGGCAAUCUAUAG